CGCCCCCCCCUUUGUGAUAUGAUUCAAGACAAAGUUGCAUUCAAACAAUCUAGAAGCUAGUCACCCUCAUCACAUUCAUCACCAUUUCGAUUCACAAGCAACGCCAUCAAUAUGUUCGAAUUUGAACGUCGACCUUCAAUGCCAGAAGAACCCGCUUCGAAAAGAGUUCAUAUUGUUAAUCCAAAAGAUGAUCUGGAGAAUGUACAGCCAAGUGGAUUGAGUACAACAACCACCACAAGAGCAUCAGCAUUUGGACCUUCUGCUCAACGACAAAAAAGUUAUCAAGAAGAAGCAGCAGUUCCGCCAGAAUUGCGAAGUAAAUUAGAAAGUGUUGGAAUGCGUACUCGAUUCAACGUUAAUCGUGGUUAUGGUUCUCCACCUCCUUCUUGUUCAACGAAUGUCAAUUUGAACGCAUUGACGUCCCGUUCAGGAUUGGUAACAGAAAACGACGUUUUGCAUGCGGUAAAGUCUAAUAGAAAGGAAUGGCAAAGAACACAAAGUGCUCCUUUAUACGUUAAUGAGUUACAACCUUUUGGUGGAAUGAGCGUUCGUCCCACUCUAUUGGAAGAUAGUUCAGUCCUGAAUCGCUCAAAUGGCAACUCAGAACAAGGUGAAGAUGUUGAUCCCUUGGCCGCUCACUUCUUCGAUGAUGAACCACAAGAGGAUGACGCAAUGAUUGAUGGCAGCAUUAGCGGUCAAUCAGGCACUUCAGAUUUGAAGCGAACAAGAGAUACAUUCACACAGGAAGACGAACAAGAGCAGACAUUCUCAGCUGCUCAAUUCCCCGAUCCAAAGCAAUUCCGUCAACUGCCCACAGCUUCACCUUUUGGCCUUACCCGUGCAAAUGGUGCUACCACUCUUCCUGUCUCUGCAGGCUUAACCCAAUACUUGGCAAACGGUUCUAUCCUACCACAGAACGGCAAUAGCAGUGCCGAUGCACCUUGGUCAAAGCAAGACUUCUCUGCUUUCACAGGCAAAGAAGAUUUCUAAAUAGAAAAAGCAAACGUCUCUUAAUCAUAUCUGUAUUUUAUUAUCCGCAAAGCACUCCCGUCUCGUAACCUAAAAAAGGCAACCUUUAUA